CAUAACAUAACAAAUGUCAACAGUUUGUUUAUAAACUUGAAACCUUUUAAACAAAAGCCCGAAAAAUGAAUUGUUUGCGUAUUCUUUGAGAGUAAACUACAUUUUUUGGAUGAAAUGAAUGCCCGAUGUCGCUUGUGUGCCGAAUGUUCGGCCAAGAACAUGUCUAUCUUUGGAAACGUGGAAUUGUGUGAGAAAAUAUUCCGUUUAUUUCAGGUUAAGAUAUCGGCCCCUGACGAUUUACCGACUUGCCUUUGCGGCAAAUGUUAUGAUAUGGUAGAGAAAGUGUGGAGCUUCCACGACCAAGUACAAAAAGCACAGGACGUCCUCAGGGAACUUGCUUAUGGGGUGCCCAAUAUCCUUUCGAGUCAGAAUGCCUUGGAAGACCAAAGUAGUCAAGUAGUCUCAAUAGUUCAAAAUGAAAUGAUAGAGAAUGGAGAAAGAUCUAUGGUGGAGUUUCAUUAUAUAGAUUGCAAGAAUAUACUGAAGUGUGAUUAUCCUAAUGAUGGGGGCAAUGUAUCGGAGGGGUCAGCUCAGUCACAUUGUGAGAAAAAGAAGAAUAAGACUAAGAAAAAGUGUAUGAAGAAAAAACAAGAGAUUAUAAAAGUAGUCACAGUGCCUGACAUUGAGUUUAAUAUACAUGAAGAUGGUAGUGUAGUACCAAAAAACAAUCCAGAAGGCUGGAACUCAUAUCCUUGGACAUGUUGUGACUGUGAUUUGGUGUUUUCACUUUCUGACGAAUUGAAGGAGCAUUGGGUUAACACUCAUGAAGCGCCUGCUCGUUUUGUAUGUGCAGAUUGUUCUAAAACAUACACAAAAUAUGGUACUUUUAUAGUUCAUGUACGUCAGCAUAGGCCGCAUUUAACGCUGACAUGUGAUGUGUGUCUUAAGUGGUUUACGACAGCAGACGAUCAGGAAAAUCAUCGCGUUAACCAUCACAAUGACGAGAGACCCCAUACGUGUGCCACAUGCGGGAAAAGAUUCCGUAUGCAGUCAGCUUUAUUGUUGCACGUCAGGUCUCAUCUACCAGCAGACAUAAAGAAUAGGUAUCAAUGUGACGAGUGCCCUAAAAAGUUCGGCACAAAACCGAACCUGAUGGCUCACAAAAGGAUCCAUACUGGCGUAAGAGCUUAUACCUGUGAUCAGUGCGGAAAAGGGUUUAUUCAGAAAGGUAACCUUGACAAUCAUAUGUUGACGCAUACAGCAGCCAGACCAUACAGUUGUACGAUUUGUUCUAAGUCCUUUAAAACGUCUAUAAGAUUAAGGAAGCACGCGUCAGUGCAUUCUGGACUGAAACCUCACAAGUGUGAUGUUUGCGGCAGGGAGUUCAGAGAAAGAGGAACUCUCAAAGAGCAUAUUAGGAUACAUACAGGGGCUAUGCCUUUUACAUGCGAGUUCUGUGGUAAAUGCUUCAGGUUCAAAGGAGUUCUGACAACUCAUAGAAGGCAGCAUACAGGCGAACGUCCGUACUCAUGCGAAGAGUGCCAGCACCACUUCACGAACUGGCCGAACUACAACAAGCACAUGAAGCGGCGGCAUGGCAUCAACACGAGCGCCACUUGCCGCACCAAACAGGAGAUCCCGCCCACUGGGAUGCCGACCAAUCGCGAGAUGACCUCGCAACAGCCGGCUGGAAAUGCUCACCAAUCGCAGCAGGCGGCGACGCCUACCGUCAUCAGUGCUGUCCCAGAUCAGUUCGUUGGACAUCAACAGAUGGUGACACAGACGUACAUAGCAGAACCCGCCCAGUUUAUAUCUCCACCACCACCACAACAGCAUUUACUUGGUUUCUGUUAUUUUUCAUUAAACUCAUAGAUCUACAAAAAUCAAUCAUUGCUGUUAAAGCUUUACAGAAACGUGGAUUCUAUCUUCUAUGGCAAACUAAUGUAAAGAUUGUGAUAUAUUCCUUAAUUAAGUCUUAUUUCUAUGCACGUUUUGUUAGUUUUAAGUGUGUUCUUUAUUUAUAUAAACUAAUUUAUACUGUCUUGUUUAAAAAACGUAAAAUAAUGAUCUAGAAAACGGAUGUAUUAAAAUUGAAUCUGUCAGAACAAAAACCACUCGAGUCCAGUUAUUUGAAAACAUGAUUUUUUUGCUGGAAACGCGUCAUUAAAGGUAGAUGCAUAUUCAUCUCAUAUCACUACAUUCCUUCCCAUUCAAAUAGCACUGCGUAAUAUAAGAUCGGUGCAAAAACAUCGUAAGUCCAGGACAUACCUGGUUUUUGUACGCGCUAAUCGACCGCGAGUACUUGAAUCUGCCAUUUCGAAAACAGUACCUGUAUUGUUUUAUUUUGAUAUAUGCAACAAAAUAUCAAUUUUAAAUUCAGUUUGUUGUGAUUGCCGAUUAUUGAAGAAAAUUGAAUGAAUAAAUCUAUGUACUUUCUCACAACAGUCGAUCCAUGGUUUGGAUGUAAAACAAGUUGUUCAGUUGCCCUAUGUACCCUAAAUAAUGUACUAAAACAUGCAAAAUUAAACUGCUUAGCAUGUUAAUAAGUCAAUAUUUAAGUGUCAUAUUCAAUAAUGUGCAAUUAAAAUUAGUCAUUUUCACGAGUAUCCAUUAUGGUAGAAUAACGACCGAUUAUCUAGUAAGAUUUCAAAAUUCCCCAUAUUGACAAAUGACAUAAUAAUUCUGACGGAUCCGUCAACGCCAGGUAGACUCUUACUCUGAAGGAGGCUGUGACAGACCCGUAUCUUGUUUUGAAUAGUGAAUCGGAUGUAAAUCUAGUAAAACUUGUUUGUAGCGUUUUGUUUUUUAUAAGCAAAUAAGCUUUUCUCAGUGAAAGAGCUAGUAGAAGUACAAAAUGAAUUUGUAGCAUACAAAAAACCAAAACAAAAUACGGCUCUGUCUACCUGGCGUUGACGGAUCCGUCAGAAUUAUGUGUCCUGUGUCAUUAUGGGGAAUUUUCAAGUAUUACUGGAUAACCAGCUGUCAUUCAACCAUGAAACAUAGUAAGACGUCAAAACGUGAUGAAUACUCGUAAAAUAGUGUUUAUUAACGAUUUUUUUCUCAAAUUAUAUACCACUAAGCCUAUUUCCUGCUAAAACAAGCUAAGUCCAUACCUUUUUUUUUGGGCCUUUAAUAUACCAUGAAGGUUAUAUAAAUUUUAAUCUUUCAGAACCUAAAACUACAUUAAACCCAAAAAAGUACCAAAAAAAACUGGUUUAUUUGUCAGUGGUCACCUGAAAAAUUCAAAUUAUGGAACUUUGCAGUUUUUGCACUGACUGAUUCAGUUGAUAAGUUUUAUCAAUUUUUGUACAGUAUUUAUGAAAAUA